UUACAGCCGUUGUAUCGAAAUUGGAUCAAAGUGUUGGCGAAGUAAUAGAUGCACUGAGAAAUCGCGGAAUGUUGGAAAACAGUAUAGUAGUCUUCAUGAGCGAUAAUGGUGCACCAACUGAGGGUAUACUGAGUAAUCAAGGCAGCAAUUAUCCUCUUCGAGGCAUAAAGAACAGUCCAUGGGAAGGUGGAACAAGAGGAGUUGCAGCCAUCUGGAGUCCUUUGAUUAAAAAAUCUAAAAGAGUUUCAAAUCAAAUGAUGUUUAUGUCCGAUUGGCUUCCCACACUUUUGUCUGCAGCAGGAGUGAAUAGGAAGCAACUCGGAAACAUCGAUGGAUUCGAUCUUUGGCCAGCUUUAGUGUCAGACAGAAUCAGUCUCAGGUCCGAAAUAGUGAUCAAUAUCGACGAUCUUAGUAAUUAUGCUGCUAUUAGACGAGGUGAUUUCAAAUAUAUUAUCGGCCGGACAGAAACUGGAAGUGCCUGGCUUGGAGCAAGUGGAAAUUCAUCCGAAGGCACUUCCCCUCAAUACGAUCCUUACAAAGUAUUGUACAGCAAGACGGGUAUCGCGAUAUCCGGUAUUGUUACUGCUAAACAAGCAAUGAAAUUGAAGGAAAGAAAAAAAAGAGAUAUAAAAACCAUAUACGCUACUAUUUCUAAAACCAAUUUUCAAGAGAAGAUACUUACCACCAAAGAUAUUUCUGAAAUACGAAAAGAAGCGCAGAUAAAAUGUAACAUCAAAGAAAAAAACAAGAUUUCCUGUGAACCUAUAAUAGCACCAUGCCUCUUUAACAUAAAAAAUGAUCCUUGUGAAAUGGUGAAUCUUGCUGAAAAGAGACCAGUAAUUUUAGCCGUGUUUAAAAAGAUUCUUAUGAAGCAUAAAUUAAGUGUGAUACCUCCUAGUAAUUUGGAUGGAGAUCCCAAAGCAAAUCCAUUACUUUGGAAUAAUACUUGGACUAGUUGGGACGAACCUAAUCCAUUAGCACUUACUUAUACAAAUGCUAAGGAAUUUCAACAAUAUUCCGAUUCGGCAACUAUAAUAAUGUCUAUUAUUUGUAGUCUUUUUGUCGUUGGAGUAAUCAUAUUAUUCGUUUUCAAAUGUAGAAAAACUAACUCAAACAACGAAUUUGAAGAAUUCCAAAUAUCUGGAUAAUCACAAAGGAAUCAGUUACACUAUAAAUUAUAGCAAAUUUAACAAAAUACGUAUGCCUAAGAAAAAAUAAAUUAACAGAACGAGAUACACGAGUACUAUCUUUUUAAUUACCAUAAAAGAUUAUUACACUCGGCAUAUUAUCUUGUACGAAUAUUAGAUAUUUUAAUCAAACUAAAUGAAAUAUUUGUUCAUUUGUGAAUUCACAAAAUGAAUAUUGAAUGAAAGCAUCCAUAAAAAUUUUUACCUCGUAUCAUCUCGUUCUUCAUUUUCUUAUAUAAAACGUGAUCCGUACGAUAUACAAAAGUAUUAUAUCGUUAAUAGGAUAACGGUGAUAAGAUGAAAGACAAAUUUUGAACUCAGAAGUACCGCUUGUUUAACAAGUUUGCUGUACUUUCAGAAAAGAUCCGUGGAAUAAUUCGCAAUAUUUGUAAAUAGUCCAUAAUCUUAAUUAAUGUUUACAGAAUAUUCACACUGAAUGGUAUAAACAAUUAUACCUACGACACUUGUAACGGGAUUAAACACACACACACACACAAACUAAAAUCUAUUACAUCAAUGACUAACAAUAACAACACGUUUAUGAAUAAAUAUUUUAAUUUUAUAAUUUA